AUGUAUUUGGACAACGGAACUAAUUUUGUUGGCGCCAAUAGUGAACUUUCUGCCGCAUUUCGAGCGGCGCUUAAAGAUCAGAACUUUCUCAAUCAAACCUCUUCCGAUCAAGUAACAUGGCACUUCAUGCCAUCUUCCGCUCCGCAUUUCGGCGGAUUAUGGGAGGCUGGUGUACGGAGUGUGAAACACUACCUCCGGCGCGUUGUCGGUGCUUAUACCCUCACAUUUGAGGAGUUCUCAACUGUUCUUUGCAACGUCGAUGCCUGCCUGAACUCGCGACCGCUUAGCUCGGCCUUGACGGCCGUUCCCGAACCUUCCGUUCUUGACAUACACGAAAAUCGAUUGUCCCACUGGCAACUCGUACGCCAAAUCUUUGAAAGAUUCUGGAAAUUAUGGCAUAACGACUAUGUCAAUACAUUGCAACAACGCGUCAAGUGGAAGCGACCUGCCAAAAUGGAGAUCCGCGUUGAUCAAUUAGUAUUGUUGCGCAACCCUCUGCUUCCCCCAUGCAAAUGGGAACUUGCGCGCGUAAUUCGAUGUCACCCGGGUCAAGACGGAUUGAAUCGCGUUGUCACGGUGAAGACUGCGGCGUCCGAAUAUAAGCGAUCUCUAACUAAGUUGUGUCUUCUUCCCAUCGAUAUCGAGAGCCUGGAACCUACCGCAUAA